UUACCCUUUUUUUCUCUUAAUCCAAGAAAUCAAACACAAAUUCACAAUUAUAUUAGUUAUAUCUAUUUGUUUUUGUUGACAUCCACCUUAUUUUUUCAUGCACUUGUAUCCAAUGUUUAAAUUGCACAGUAUUAUGGUUUGAUAGUGGACUCCAUGAAAGUGUAUAGAACGUAAUUUAAGAAAACUAGAAUGGUGAAAAUGUUCCAAAUGCUGAAUUUGUCUAUUAUUAACUGCAUUUUCCAUUGUAUAAUUUUGAUUUAAAACAUUUUGAUCCAUAAUGUUGGUCUUAAUUUGUGAAGUUCAAUGUACAGUGUACAAAAGAUUGGUAUGGGGAUAGGAAUAUGUUGUACAUUAAUGUAAUUAUUUUCAUUGUCAAUUUUUAUUUGUAUCAUAAAUGCCUUGUACAGUGUUUUUAUUUUUGUUUUGUUUAUUUGUUGUUAUUUUCUUUUAAAUUAUUUUGUAUUUUAUUUUUAUAAACUUGAAUAAAAUUUUCAUUCAGCAUGCCAAACAAGGACUUUUGUUUUAAAAAGCUGACACGCAAAGUGGUUGCCAUAGAAGCCAAAACAGUUUACGCAUAACUACUUAUUACAAAUUAAAGUGUUGUGGCAGCUUUGCCAAUAGUCACACAAACGACGCAAUGAUGGACUUGACUGAAAAUUUAAAAUCGCUUGGAUUUGAGGCCGGACUCACGGAGGAUGAGAAAGAAUGUCUGUAUCUGCGCAGUCGCUCAGCCGGGUUGACUGUAAGCGGAUGUGCGCAUGCUGUGUUUGUGUGUCAGCUAGUCCGUUUAUUAAGAAAGAAAGUUUCUGAGAAUGUCACUUCUAAAACCCAUCUGUCUGUUGGUAUAAUUGGUGGAGGACACAUGGGUAAACAGCUGGCAAUAGUUUUAAUGCAUGUAAACAACAUCAAGCCAUCUGACAUCAACAUCUCAACUAAAAGACCAGAGAAUUUAGUAGAAAUUUCAAAGACGGGUGUUGAAUGUUACUAUGACAACAUUAGACUGGCUAAGUGGGCAGAUGUGCUGUUCCUCUGUGUCUUGCCCUCUCAUCUACCUCAAGUGUGUGCAGACCUUCGCUCCCAUCUGCCCUCGCGCUGUCUUGUUUACAGUUUUACCUCUGCGACUCCAUUAAAAAGGCUUGCAACACUCCUUGACCACAGCUUUAUUAUUAAACCCCGGUAUGAGUUUGUGGCUUGCGGUGAUGUCACCAAGAUGUGGUACCUCCACAGUGAAGUGACAGCAGCUUUAAAAGAUAAGGAAGUGCUUGCAGCCUCCAUUCCUACUUCAAUGAGUGGUGGCCUCUCCCUGGAUCUGAGUUGGGUGUCUGCUGUGCUGUACAGUCUUCUCAACAUGUGUACCGCUGAGAAACUUGGGUCCCAAAAGGCUCUUCAACUACUUAAUGAUCUGUUUAAGACAAACAUCACAACAAAUACAUUUAGUCUUCAAAGCUUUGUUAACUCAUCGUGUGCUUCUGCUCUUCUUAACUCUGAUGACUCUUUUCCAUGGAUCAACCUGGUUGAUGCACAAACUGAAACGACUCCAUUAUCUGAUUUGGUAUCAAGAAAUCAAAGCUUGCAAGACUGCAUUUCAGUUGUGUUCCAAAAUAUGUUCUCAAAUCUGGAAGAUGGACCAAACGAUGCUUUACCUGGGGGAAACAGAAAUUAAACUGCACAAAAUAUCAGCUUUA